AUGGGCAACUUUUCCGAGUCCCCGGAGCGCGGCCGAGAACGGUUACACGACAAUGGCAUCGCACACGCUGCUAUCGAGUUCGCCCAGCAAGCCGAGAAAUUGUCACUGCAAAAAAGCGAGAGUAACGACAACAAUUCCGAGGUUGCGGUCGAAGCUCGCUUCGUAACACCUCAAGAUCCCGUCAUAGUCACAUCGGACGGCAAGAGACUACCGGGUGUACCACUUCAAGAGGCACACAAGUUGAAUAUUCUCAAGGAAGAACUUCAAGACGGUUCAGCUGUGGCCAAGAUCAAGGAGGGAAAUGACACGGACGGAAAGGUCACAAACGCCGGUGUGCUAUCAGAGAAACGAGAGAGGAUUGUCUCUCUACCGACCGAUGCAAAUGGGAAAUCCAUGCAGAAAUCAGCAUUCUUCCUCAGUUUGGCCUUUCUCGGGGUCAUUGUACUUGGUGCGCUCUUCACCAGCAUCCCACCGCUGUGCAAGAGGAUCUUAUAUCGCCUGACACAGCAAAAUCCCGAUAAGAAGCGGCCCUUCCACGAAGAGGAGGCACGCAGAGCCAAGAGUCGCAAGGAGGAGAACAAAAAAUGGAAGCGCAACAAGACCAGCGACAGGCUGGGUAAAGUGAACGAAGCUGCUGAUGAGUUCGUUCCGACUGAAGGGGGACCAGACCCGAUCGUCUGCGACGUGGGCUAUUACGCUCGCCGUGUUGGCCUGGAUGUUGAGGAAAUCGAGGUGCAGACCGAGGACGGCUUCCUCAUUGACCUCUGGCACGUAUACGACCCCAAGGAAUACACAAGAAUGAGCGAAGACGAUAGGUCCGACAGAGGACCCGACAUCUUCCAGUCUUCCAAGAAAAAGCUCAAGGAUCCUAGUCAGAAGCGCAAGUUCCCUGUUCUGCUCAUCCACGGUCUCCUACAAAGUUCCGGCGCAUAUUGCACAAACGACGAAAGUUCGCUCGCGUUCUACCUGUGCAAGUCUGACUACGACGUCUGGCUGGGCAAUAACCGAUGCGGCUUCAAGCCAAAGCACACCUCGCUCAAGUACACCGACCCAAGGAUGUGGUGCUGGAACAUCCGACAGAUGGGCGUCUUUGAUCUGCCGGCGCUCACAUCGCGCGUGCUCUACGAGACCGGCUUCGAAAAGAUCGGGUUGAUCUGCCACUCACAGGGCACUACCCAGACGCUGGUCGCACUCGCCAAGGAGCAACGGCCAGACCUAGGCGAAAAGUUGACCGUCUUCUGCGCGCUCGCGCCGGCCGCCUACGCCGGUCCCUUGAUUGGCAAGAUGUACUUCAAAUUCAUGAGGAUCAUCACUCCGGGCAUGUUCAGGUUGAUGUUUGGCAUCCACGCCUUCAUCCCCUUCAUGAUGCAGAUGCACCAGCUGCUUCACCCAAAGGUCUACGGCUGGCUCGGGUACAAAGUCUUUUCUUUCCUCUUUGACUGGACGGACACGAGGUGGGAUCGCGGUCUCAAGGAUCGCAUGUUCCAAUUCGCACCCGUCUACGUCAGCGCGGAGUCGAUGCGCUGGUGGCUGGGCAGAGAAUGCUUCGCGCGACACAAGUGCAUCCUCUCAACAAAAGAAGACGUCCGCGCCGAGGAGAAGGAGGAUAAUAUCAACGGCCAGGAUGCCAACAACACCAACGGCAAUAGCCACACGCUCCGAGCCGACGAUGCGGACGGCGUCAUGUCGCAACGGACCGUAGACGACCACGUCCGCAGACCGAAGGGAUCCACAGCUUGGUACAACGAGCAAGUGCCCCCGUUUGCGCUCUGGGUCGCGGGCAAUGACGACCUCGUGGACGGAAAGAAGCUCCUCCGCCGCUUCGAACGCGGGCGCGAGCCGCACGUCAACGUCGUGCACAGCAAGGUCAUACCAGAGUACGAGCACCUCGACGUCAUUUGGGCCAUGGACGCGCCGGAACAGGUGUUUAAGGAGGUGCGCGAGGUGCUGUGGAAGACGUGCGACGUCAGGGACGCGUGCCGGGUGCCGGUGGCGUGCGAGGAGGUUGAGCAGUGGAUACGGCCACCGUCGAGGAAGCUCGCUAACGGAGCCGUGGAGGAGAGCCAAUCUAGCAGUGACGAGACCGAAUAG